GCUUACCAGCGGUACAAUAGUCAAUUUCGGUGAUAAUUGCAUAAUAAAUAAUUGUAAAAACGUUACGUGUGGUGUAUUUGUCACGCAUUCGUCGCUUUUGUAAGCAAAGCGAUGAUUAUUAGUUUCGUAAACAACCCAGCCGAAUGUGAUAAUGAGUGACAUUAUCGCAUUAUCAUAAUUGAUGCGCGUUUUAAUGCUUGAGUGGAACAUUAUGCGGCUGGCAAAUGCAGUCGAUGAUUGUACUUUGCACGCGCUGCACAUAUCAACACGCAGUUUAACGCUGGAUUAAUUAGUGUAAUUUAAUGAAAUUAGUGCAGUUGUAAUUUGUUUAUUAUGGAAGUGAGUGGUAGUGAUAAGGUGGACUCUGAGGGUGGUGAAUCGGGAGAUGUUGCUGAUACGGCUGAGGCCGGGGAUACAAGUGCAAGUGAAUCAGAACCGCUUCAAGAUGGAAUAUUCCCGGUGGGAUUCAUGUCCAAUGACUUUGAGCCGAGGGCUAGUUUGGUGGAAGCUGCACGUGUGUAUCUGCUGCUGCCAAAGAACACACCGGUGUCGAGGGCCGCCAGGUUUCAGUGGUUGUUGGACCAUCUGAAUUGUGUCAUAACUGUGCCAUCCAAUAUUAAAUUAAGUAAUCAAUCAAAUGACUUGGAAAUUAUAUCAAUCGUCCCGGUGACUGAUCUCGACUCAGCUUCGCAAUUCCUCGUCACCACCUCAACGCAAGUGAUCUUUUUGUCUCAAGUAUACCGCUUCGUCUACUGCCUGGACAUGAGUCCAUCGCAUUCGGCCGUGGAUGUGGACCGCGGCCAGGUGCUUUUCGACGAAAUCAUCAAUUGUUUCCGCAUUAGUUUACUAGGCUUAUGUAGACAGUUUACAAUACCUGGCUGCGCGUUAGAAUUCCAACCGAGUUUAUAUCUCACCGUGAUUGUCAACACGCCGUUUUUUAUUAGCCCUGCACAGCAGGUUAUUAUUAAAGGAGUGCAGGUUUCUAGUCACAAUGUGCAGGAUAUUAUCAAUUCGGUGCAGACGCAGUUCCAUUUGCUUGAGGGGCGUAUCGCAGAAGUAUCUGCGCGGGCUUAUGAUGAAAUUGAACAACAAAUGCUUGACAAUGAAAUGAUGGUCGGUGGAUUGUUUGAUUUGGCGGAAACCGAGUGCAUUGCUAAGAUUGCAAUGGUUUCGCCGGAUUCUAAUUUUGUCAACAUGUUGCGAUACUCCAUGUUAGCUACGUCAUUGUUACCUGAAAAUAGUUUAAGUCAUAUACUAGUCAUAACUGAUGGAGUCGUCGCUGUACCACAUUCGAACAUCAUAGAAUCGCUUCUCUACCAAUUGCACUACGACGGAAUCUCCGUCUCGUUCCUGAAAGUCGGUUCUUCUUUCAAGCCGCACACGAGUGCCGGUUACGUGUCGUACGACGAUCUCCUCGAGUUCCUGUCGCAUUCCACGCUCGGAACUGUUUUGGAUUCAUUCCCAGUAGUCAAACCUGAACCAACUUUAGAAAUGAACUUAUAUCAGCAGUUAUAUUUACUGUGGUCCUUCCAUGGCAACUUUAAGACUAAUCUAUGUCCAAAGAAAGAAAUAAAAGAUUGCAAUUCUAAUUUUAUAAAUCGCGUGCCAAGUUUACUAGUAAAACGCCAAAGCGAACAAAAAGUCAAUUCCACACUGCUUCUAUUAGUCUCAAGAAGAAUGAGAGAAGGAUAUGUAGUUAAUGAUGUUAAAUCAAUGAACAAAAUGCUCCGUAUAAAGUUGACUCUGCACUGGAAGACAUACAUCUACAUCCAUUACGAACUCAUGUCAUCAUGGCCGGUGCGAAAAAACGUCACACACAUCGAAAUCAAUAUAUCAGCUCCAUACGAUUUUCUGCAUGAUAUAACUUGUGUAAUGAAGAAAGACACAAAAUCAACGUAUCGACAAGCCGUUUUCGAACGUUUCUGGAUACGUUCCACACAAUUAUCCUCCAGUGACACAGUCCUGGCGCAACAAUUGUCCGCGUUUCAAAGCUCCAACGCAUGGCACACAUUUCCCGAUAGUGUACGUAAUGGCAUGCCGGUAUUCACAGCGAUUAGCACAAACUCACACGAAAUGUCUUGUAAUCUUUCGCUGACACCAAGCGAUCCAGGUUCGAAAUUCACACAAAUUUGGCAACCGCUUUGUCACAUCGAUACGAACAACUGGCGUAAAUGGUUUCACGUGCAUAAAAUCUCGCUUAUUCUCAAACACGACCGACAAUCAUUAUCGUCUUCAUCCGGAAGGUUUCAGGCGAUACAAUGUCGUCAAGCUGCAACCGCGCUGUACAAUCUAUUAAGUGAUUGGAGUUCAUUUGUCUUGAUUGAUAAUCAUACUUAUUUAAAAUUAUUAUAUCAAGAGACUAGUAGUCCACCGGUUUGGUUCAGUUUAGUGAGGAUAACUUCAAAGUUACCAUGCGCAACAAUCACGUUAGGUUUUGUCAGUGGAACGCCUGGAUAUAUCAGACAUAGAAUCUGUGAAGAACUGCGAACUGAUUUAGCAUCAUUGUCGUAUCUUUCUACUCCGUUAAAAUCAAAGGAUAAUAUCGGUUGUGUGUUACUUUUGAAACCUCUGGAGAAGAUUCUGAUUAGAUAUGAACGUAUGCCAACUGAUUUUCACAUGGUAAUCUUUCCGGAUGGCACGCAGAAUUCGCAACAAAGUUUACCUCCGUCACCUUUAGCAGGGACGUUGUUUACAACACUCUCGAGGUAUUUAUUUCAUCAGAGGUGGGUUUGGUCUGCUCAGCAUUUACCACAUCUGAAGUUAAACAUGCAGUCGAUAUCGAGAAUAUUGAGCACUUUAACUAAGAUGAGGAUUAAAGAGGGUUUCAAUUUUGCGCAUUCGGCUGCUGGAAUUACUACAAUGGUUUUGGAGUUAUUGAUGGAUUGUAACUCAAGUUGUGUGUUGCAAUAUGUCAUCUUUCCACCACAUAGUGUGUGGUGUGAUGAUUAUAAAAGUAACAGUGGGUCCGAGGAUGAGUUUGAUAACAAAACAGAUUCGGAAUUUCAAAUUGUUACUGAGGUGUGGAUUGAACCGCAAUUCGGGAAGGUUUUGCCGGUUAAUCCGAAGAUAUCGUAUAUGGAUGGGAUGCAUUAUUACGAAUUAGCCGAUAUGAUAAAAUUGAUGGAUAUGCGCUGUAUUCAUUCAUUGCUCACAAUUGAACAUUUGAGUUUAAUAUCUCAGGAGAAAUACAAUGCGGAUCAUGCCGAUGUGCCUAUUACAACGAACAAGAGAUCUCUAAGAAGGAGGUACAACUCAUCCUCCAAGUCCUGUGUCAUACCACCGAUGAAUUCAGAUAUUAACACGACUCAUUGGAAUCCUACUCUAGUACAAAGAAUUCAACACAUCCCUUUUAAUUUCGACCCGAUUAACAUCCUCCCAUUAUGCCAGCAAACGGAAUUAUUAUUUUCGAUGUUCAUCGAAGAACGCGAAAAAGAAAUUGUUUCUACAAAUAAUCACACGAAAGCAAAUCAACUUUUAUUGGAUAAUAUCCAGAAACAUUUACACUGGAUAAAUGAUCAUGAAUUAUCCUUGACCGAGAUUGAAAGCCAUCGGUUUCGCACACAAGUGUGUCAUAGACACCGCAAUAAAGACCCACAUUUUUGUCCUUUGAAAGAUCUACCAGAUGAAGAACACGAUUAUUCUUGCAUGCGAAAAUCACAGUGGAGAUGUUUCGUUAAAGGAGUUUCAAUGACGCAUGUUAUAUUAACAUUCGUGCCUGCAACUCUAGAAGAUUUGAAAGACAUGGUCACACUUGAAUCAACAAUGGCCACUUCCACUCCUCAUACUAGCAUCAGUCCCACAGAAUCAGAACGCGCUGAUUCACAGAAUAGCAAUUGCAGUGAAGUACCAAUCAAUGUUAAACACGUCAUAACUCUUCCUGUAUAUGUCUACGACUGUCCAGUUGGUAUCCUAGUUGAUUCCUACAUAAAUACCGCCGAGUUAAAAAUCCGUGACGUGUAUGAAGAUCAUCGAUACAAACAUGGCCACUACUUUCAUCCGGAUUCUAUAAAAUUGAAAACAGAUGACUCUGUUAACACAUCUCCGGAGCCUAAGAGUGACGAGUCAGAAAUGGAACCAAGAAAUAACGCAAAACAACAUUGUAAAGCGAUUGUAUUGACACAUUCAAAAUGUUUCGCGUUGAGUUUGUUCAAUGCUUUGCACUGUAACAGUUUCAUUGAUUGCAUGGACGUGCACGCUGCGAUGGAUCAAUGUGAAGAAACACCGUUUGAGAUAGAUAUCACUGAUUAUAUAGAAGCUGUGUGUGCGCAUGUUAAAACUUCAUCGAAAGAUGAUAUCAAAUUGGAUCAGCUUCAACAAGCAGCGCCAUGUGAUGAACUACGGCCUAUACACAAACUAAUCAAGGAUAAAUUCCUAAAGAUAACAAACGAUGCAUUUCAGCCUAUACCAGCCGAUAGGGAAUUUUAUUACUGCAGAAAUUUGAAUGAAAUGAUACAUCAUAAGAAUGUGGAUAGUGAUGAUGAGUUGCCAUCGAGGAAUUCACGCGUAGAGUUUAAAUUAACCGACUCUGAGGAUGAAGAUGAUGAUGAUGACGAGGUGAAAAUCGUAGAUCAUACAGAUCUAAGUCCGUUGUUCCUCCAUUUUGUUUGUACAGUCAGAUACAACAAUCAAGUGCACAAUAUUUCCGUACAAUAUCUACCUACGUGUUUGAGUGACUUAUUAGAGAGUAUUGAUGUUGAUGACAGUGUAAACUUCACAACAAUGCAGAUAUCUUUGGAUGUUUUAUGUUUAACACUGCCGAAUGAUGUACAGAAUGUCAUCAGUGAUUAUUCCACCAAAGGAUUCCGUACGACUUCGUUUUGUUCGGAUGGUUUUCUACCCAGUUGCAGUUCUGCAUCCGAAGCGAGUUUUAGCUCAGAUUUCAAAGAACCAGAACCUUUGUUUUACAUUCCUGAUCUACAAAAACGCGCGGUGCAUAAACUAAAAGAUGAAAUCAGAUGGUUUCUUCAGGAUGAAAUCGCCACGGCGUUAUUAGACAUUGAACCUGUGUCAAGCAACACCCUCCAUUUUGUUAUGAAACACGUCAGUGAAAGCUCAUCGAGAGAUUCUUGUAUAAUGGAAUUAAUCGAUUUAAACUUUGUGUAUGGCACAAAUCAAAGCUAUGCGAAGUUUGUUGAUGAAUUCUGUCAAAUAUCUAUACCUUCAUAUAAAUUAUCAAAAGAAGAAGAUUUAUAUUAUCUUACUAAGUCAAAUGAAGAUGACGAUGAGAAUACAAACAAUGAAUUAUGGGAGAAAUACAAAGCGGAAGUCGCGGCUGGGAUAUUAACCAAUGACAACGAAGGUGACACCAUUGAAGUAUCACAAAGUGAUAUUUCCAGCAUGAAUAGCAUACAUUAUGACAAUCUUGAGGCUGGUUAUGAUGAAGAUGUAAGUGAUAUUGAAGAAGACUACGCUUGGUUGAUAGAUCUACAAAACAAACGCUCAAAUCUUCCGAAUUUCUGGUUAGUCACACAUGUUGAACAAGAUGUCGUCAAAGUAUACUUCCAUUGUCGCUUUCUCGAGUUGAAUACAACCCACGUUGGGAUUUAUCUCAGUGUACAACGUGCUGUUUUAUUCGAGAUUCGCAAUUUGUGCAAACGUGUAAAUCAAGCUUUACUAUUACAAUCUUUACAUGAUACAAGAACUUGUAAUCAUCUUUUGGAACCGGACGAGAACUCCGACUGGAAUGAGAAUAAUAUCAACCGGACGGUGUUGCAGAGGCUUAAAAGUAUGGAGGAAAUGAAUGAUGAGAAUGAAUCGAUUCCUUCACCGCACAUUGAAGCUUGUUUACCCUUUAAAGUUGGAUAUUUUAGUUGUCCUGUCGUAUGGGAGAUACCUUUCAUUUUACAUCCGAGAUUGAAAACAGGUCCUGGUAAAAGUUCAGGGCUUUCUAUAGGGAUAUCAGCGUUGAAGACAGUGUUGGAUAAAUUCAGCGUCACGAACAGAAGCAAUAUGUUUGUGUAUAAAGAUAGUAAUAGUAAUGUGUUCUAUCUGAGACUGCAUGAGAAUAUGCAUAAUAUUUUCGUUAAGGGUAUGCCGAUGAAAUCGAAUGAAUUUGAACAACCUGUGAGUCGUAGUCCGUCAAUUGCGUCGUUACCAAUUGGACCACAGCGGAGUGUACUUACCAGAUCGGAUUUUAGUAUUUCAUCAACAACAAGUUCUGAAAUUCGUCCACGUGUCAGAUCCUUCGGUGAAAAAGACACGAAAGAAGGAUAUAGUGAAGAGGCUGUCACAUUAAAAGUAUACGGAAUCACUCAGGUAGGUGAGGAUAUUCGCCGGGAUUUAAUGCAAGUUCUACAAAAUCGUCUGGAUGAUGCUGUGUUGGAGUUGUUGUCCGUGAUGUUGGCCCGCAAUGCGAUGUGUCCACUCACUCCGGAAGAUGUCCACUUCCUACAGAAGCCAUUCAAACAACCCGAGGAUAUAAUCCGGUUGUCUAUUCAGGAAUAUUCGCUCAAAUUCCUCGAUUCUUUUAUUCUCUAUCUCAAACAAAACCUGCUGCAGUUUCUCAACAUACCGAAAUAUACCGAUCCGAAUAAUUUCCGGUUUAAAGACUACACGGAGAAUGAAAAUAACAAGAUCAUCGAUGAUAAUAUUUUCAUUUACAAUCAAAGUACGAAUCCAGCGUCUGGUAGUCGUGGAAUUGCUUGCAUCGCACUGGCGAUAAUUGAAGAAUCAAGUACAAGUUUAGAUAAGAUUGAUAUAAAUUUACAAGAAUUGAUUACAACUAAAGAAUAUAUCAACCUAAUCGCUUCCAAAUCGGUGGAAAACAGUUCACCUACAGUGUAUCUAGAGUUCAGAAUAUGGAAACAAGGACGUGUUAAUUUUGACAUCUUAAGAGAACGACUUUGUGCGGCUACAAGCCACGCAACGUGGGAUAUUAUCAUGGAGCAUAGUUUUCUCAAGCAAGGUUUAUGCGUGGAAAUUGAUGAAGAGUUACCAAUCGCCAAGUUUUUGAUUGAUAACGAAACGAAAGAACAUCGUAUACAUUUGUCACUGGAUGCUACACUAGAGGGUGCUGAUAUCAACGAGAUUAUGAAGCGUAAUGAAGGAAAAUAUGAACAAGUCGCCGGUAGACGAAGGAUUAAACGGACUAUUCCGCCACAAUCAACAACACAACGCGCUAUAUUUUUCGAUAAUAACUUCUCGCAUGUGCCUACGAGUCGUGUACGCAGUGUUGUUGUAGAUUCAUACGAAGCAGGCGAUGAUGGCAGACUUGUAAAUAUAUUCGAAGUGGUGAUAAUCAAACAAUGGUUUGAUUUUGCCAUGGAGAUCAAAGCGCCUGCGCUGCGGUGUAUUGUAAUGAGAUUACAUCAUUCACAUCCUCUGUAUGGCACUAUUGCAGAGUUACAAAACAUUAUUGGUAAUUUAAGUAAUGACACCGUGAAGUGUUUCGCGUUUGAUGUGUCUAGAAAUGUUUAUACUCCGUAUAAAGCUUCUUGUUCAAUUCAAAAAGCGAUUAUAAUUGCGAGGAAUUUCGAGCAUUGGAAAAUGCACCUUCUGUCAAAAGAUGGCAGUGAAUAUCCUGAAUUACAACAAACAUCGUUGAAACACUAUCAGAAGUUUCUGCCUGGAUAUGUGAAUAACCAGUUCAUAUCCCGACAGAAACUAUUAUGGGGUGUGGUUGAAAGUGAUCAGAUUGUGUUGUAUACAUAUAACUGGUCUAAGGAAAUGGUUAUGAAACUGAGGAAUCAGUGUAAUAAUGUGGAACAAUGGUUGAAUGUACGUGCGGCUGUGUUGAGUGCAACUUGCGCGCAGAAAUUAGGCGUUUUUCAUAAUCAGGCAAUGGAUAGGAAUACGUUCAACAUCAGUAAUCCCUAUAUACAUUGUAUUGGAAACGUAGAGGCUAUGAUCAAGUUUCCUAAGGAGCAUACAAAACGCGGCAACCCAAAUGACAGCGUACCGCUGGAAAUCUUCAGAGAUCAUCAUCGCACUGUUAAAGAUGAUCAUUUUGAUCCGAUUGUCGCAGCAACUGUGGAAAUGUAUGAAAUACGCAAACAGGAUAAAAAGAAUCGCGAGGAGUUGAAGAAAAUGUAUUCGAUGUAUCAAUCACGGACGAAUUCCAGCACACCAGGACAAAUACAACUUCUAGUUCAGAAUUCACGUGUGAUACAUUAUUGUCACACGCCAUUGUUGUAUCUGCCAAGAUUGAGGUUACAAGCAGCUGCGACACGGGAUCAUUCCAUUAUGAAUCCGGCGAAUUAUACUCUGCCGGAUUCGAAUGGUGAGAAAUGGCAUGAGGUGCUAUUCCAAGCUUUCAUCUCUGAAUAUAAAAGAUAUUUACAAACUUUGGGAUUCAUGGCGUUGGAAGUGGAACAUCCGGUGAAGAAACAUGGCGCUGGUAAGAAGCAACACAUUGUUCAGAGGGAAGUAUACUACAUGCACAAAGCCAUCUUGGGUGGAAUAUUGUUAUUCACAAUGGAAUUAUGCGAACCUUUCUUCAUCACUAAGUUACAUUCGGUGGAGUGUAAUCGUAUCGCCACGUCAAACUCACGCGCCGCCAUUAAUCAAUUUACUCAAUCAUUCUUGGAUGAAUCCGAUAAAAUCAAAGUCUACACGCAUUUACACUCAUUCACCUACGAUUUCCAUCUGAGAUCAGUUUGUAAUUACAUUGGAAACACCGCCGGGUACAAAGUAUGUGAAGGUUAUCACCUUACAUUUCUAGAUGAUUUUAUGAAGUACUAUAAUAAAGCACCGAACUAUGCGCGUAAUUUAGUACAUGCCGAUACGAUUGUCAUAAGAAAUCUACGCACCGAAGGAAAACAUCUUUAUAAUUAUCUGUUGAUCAACGUUAAACAGUACAACUUCAACGUGGUGAAUAUGUCUGAUGAGUUGACGAAUGCCACAGAGUAUGUGUUGGUUCAAGUGUCUAAUAUCUCCGGUGUGUCAUAUAAGGACUCACAGGAUCGGCAACAUACGGAUGACUUUGAUAUUACGUUGAUUAUUUCGAAGAUUUCACCCGGGGAUACGAAUGAGUACAAUUUGCAUUUGAAAUAUUAUUUAAUAUUGACUACAAGAAGAGAAAUCUAUCCGAAAAUUGAUGUGGAGAGAAAAUUAGGCAAAUUCCGAACUGUUUCCUGCAGUCGUGGUAAUUAUGAGGAACAAGCGAAUAAUGAGGAUGUCAUGUCCGAUCGUGAACUUGAACAAUCGCUGGAUUUGAAAUCUGAGUCGGAUAAAUCGCAAAUAUUACCGAAUUAUCAGUCGACUGAUGAAGAUUCCAUUGAAGAUAAACGCUCCCGAUUGAAACGCAAGCCGUCCUACAUGCAAAUCAAACAAGAAUCGGUGAAUUAUUUAGGUUAUUACUCGUCGCAUGAGCAAUUGAUGCAACAGUUGAUUUUGAAUUGUGCGGAGAACACGCAGAAGACUAUUAGGGAUAUGGUCACUCAAGGCAUGGUUCACUGUAGAACUCAUUUACUUUGGAACAAACUCUUAACGCAACAGGACUCUGGGCAGUUAACAUACGGCGAGUUUGUUGAGUUGAAAGGUUUGGCACGAUUGGAAAAUCUCUGUGACAUUCACCCUAACCUAGGCACGCUGGUGCGUCAACCGUUUGCGUGGUAUCAGGGACUGGCGAAGAUCUUGCUCAAUAAAUACCAGGACCAACAUAGAACGUACAUUUCAGAUGAUGGUAAUGUGCAACAUUAUGUGAUUUUGCAUCCGCGUUAUGUCGGAGCGUUCAUGAUGCUUUCCAUUGACAUGCAUACAAGUCGCGGUGAUUUGUACGCGGUGUAUCGAACGGCAAGUAAGUACGAUGAUUCGGAUGUGUGCGUAUCGGACCGUAAAACACUAUUAGACGGUUUUAUCAAUUGCAUUUGUUUCUAUUUAUGGAGCGGAAUGAUUUAGUUUGCAAUUCUUUUGGACAAAUUUAUAUUUUUUUAUCAAAUGUUAUUACUGAUGAAUUUUACGACGCAAAACAUUGAGAGAAGUGCCUUUAUGAAUAAAAUGUUCAUAUUUUUUUAAAGUGCAAUUUAAAA